AUAGGAAUACUUCAUAUAGUAAGAAUGGCGGGAAAACUGACCAAAGAACACAUGAACCUACUAGAAAGCAUGAUCGGCUGUGGGCCGAAGAGCUUUAAACUGCUAUACAGCAUCACAAGGGACGGAUGCAGCGCCGCCGAGUUUCACCGGAAGUGUGAUAACCAAGGACCAACCGUGACGGUUCUCUACAACCCGCAGGGCUCUGUGUACGGUGGAUACGCGGGCCUUAGUUGGAAGACUGAUGGGGGUCACGCCAAGGAUGACACCGCAUUCAUCUUUCAGCUUAUGUUCUCGGGAAAACGUGUUGUGAACACAUUUCGACCAAAUGAUGCAUCGAAAGCAUUGUACUUCGGUUCUAAUCGCAGUGCCUUGUUUGGUAAUCUAGAUUUCGAACCAUUUUUCGGAACUAUUUCAAUGGAUAAAGACGGGACAUUUCCUCUUAAUGGCAAUCUUGCAUUAGGAACAUAUCAAAACAGUAACAACGUAUCUAACGACGCCAUCAACAACGGGAGCAUGGUUGUCACGGAGAUGGAAGUGUACGCUGUUUCCGCAGAUGACGCUCGAACCUCAACGCCCAAGCAAAAAACAUGGCGAAAAACACCAGCUCUUAAUGAAGAGUACUUGUCUAAGAUGACAGAAGAGCUUGCGGCAUUAACUCCACCAAAAGGAAGUGGAGUCACCGAUUUCCGGUUACUAAUUGCUGGUCCAAUUGGUGCGGGAAAAUCCAGUUUCGUUAAUACUGUCAUGUCAGCUUUUGCCGGUAGAGUAAUGCAUAAGGCUGUUGUCGGUGGCUCAGAAAAUGGCCUUACCAAUAAAUACAUGUCUUACCCAGUGCGUCAGGGAGACGGACCUUGUCUCCACUUCCGGUUAUGCGAUACACCAGGUAUUGGAGAACAUUCGGCGAUGGACGUUGUAAACCUGCACUUUCUUUUAGACGGUCACAUACCAAAUUCAUUUCAGUUUUUUCCUUCCCACCAUGUGAGCAUCAAGACAGGUGGACUCAUUCAACAGCCUACUCUAUCGGACGAAGUUCACAGUGUUGCUUUUGUGUUAGAUGCCUCAACCCUCAGCGAUAUGUCGCCAGCAGUCAAAAUAUGGCUGAAUGACUGCAAGAGAAUUGUACAAGAAAAAGGCAUACCACUGGUGGUAAUACUUACACAAAUUGACAAACUUGACGAAGAAGUAGCAGACAAUCUGGCAGACGCUUUCAGUCGUCCCGACGUCAAGCCACGGUAGACAAAGCCAGCGAGACGCUAAGUAUUCCACCAAACCACGUAUUUCCGUUGCAGAAUUACCACACUGAGGUAGAAACAGACGUGUCAAUACACUCACUUGCUCUUAUGGCGCUUCAGAAGAUGAUUUUCAUGGCCUCGGAUUUCCUGGAGGGGCGCAUGUUCAGCAGAGAAGAAUGUCCAACGGAGCCGAACGAAGUAACCGAGUCUGAUACUGCCUAGACUUUGAACAGAGGUUACCAUACCCUAAUCCAAGAAACUUAGUUCAAUACACAAAACUAAGUAUUAUAGGGUAAGGUGAUACACGAUCAGUGAUUUUUUUUUGUAUUGAUUAACUGCCCAUGCCUUUUUGAGUCAGACAAUAAGUCCUAAAUUUUGGGAAAAUCAGAUUAACAAAAUUAAGAUAAGUUUAAAAAAAUACUUCAUUUACUCCAUUGAUAAACAUUUUAAGAAAUGUUUACUCGCAUAAACAUAAUACACUUUUAGACCAUUUCAGAAUAUGACUGAGUAUGUUGAUUUACAGAUCUAGAUGAAUUAUUUCAAAUGACAUGAUUCCGUAUAUUUCGUAAAUUCCAAUAUACUAAGUAAGCAUAAAAGUAAAGGAGCACUAGGUUGCCUAUGACUGUAAACGGAAAUCCCGAAUAGAAGACAGAUGAAAUGUUCUACAAACGGAUUUGGUUUUUUGCCAUAAAUGGUACAUCGUAUUGAUCAUUUAUCAUGUAUCGAUUAAGCUAUUUUAAUGAGUGUGUGGUCUGUGUGUGGUGUUCAUAUAUGUGUUUGUUGUAUGUUUGUGUCUAUAGUUCAUUGUCAUGUUUUACAGGUUUUAUUUUGAAUGUUUGACUACUUGGCUUGUCCCUGUAGUUUUUGCUGUAUAAUUGUUUCGUUGAAAUGCCUUUAAACGUGUUUGCAGUUGUUUUUUCUCUUUUCGCCACAUAUAGCAUCUGUAUUUAUUCUUGCAGUCGCUUUUGAACGAAAGUGAAAUCGAACACUGCUUGUUUUGUUAUCUAAUUAUUUCUGCUUAAAUAUAUAAUUUUUUUUUUUUAGUAUAUUGAUUUUACAAUGGAAACAUCGUUUUAUCAACGAA